AUGACUUCAGUCUUCAAGCGUUUACCGAUGCGAAUCAUGCUGGAUGCAAACUUAAUCGAAAAAGUACAUAUGGUGGAUGUCAAUUUUUGGGAGGUAGACUUGUCAGUUGGUCCUCAAGAAAAAAAAAGCUAUGUUUCUUUGUCUACCGCAGAAGCAGAAUAUGUGGCCACAGCCAGUUGUUGUUCUCAAGUUCUUUGGAAGAAGACUCAACUAUUAGACUACGGUUACAGAAUGAUGCAGAUACCAAUCUACUGUGAUUCUGAAAGUGCCAUAGCGAUUUCUCAUAAUACAAUUCAGUACUCCAAGACGAAACAUAUUGAACUACGGGAUGAUGAAUUCGGACCCCCAAUUCUUCUUGAAUUGAUAGAUACAGCAGACCUUCUUGGUCUCCAUUGUGGUUCUAGAUGA